AUGUCCAUGUCCUCUACACAUAAAGUGCUCACCACGCCAGCACUCGGCACCAAGGUAGCCCCAGUCCACAUCUACUCCGCCGAACAAACCGCACAAUUAUCGGAACUUAGAGAAUACGCCGAUACCCUCCUCCUUCCUGAAUCAGAUCCAUACCACCCUUGGGAGCUCAGAUGGCUCAAUAGGUCCGAUACUAUCCCGCGUUACCUGCGCGCGUCAAAGUGGCACAUGCCAGAUGCACAGAAACGCAUCAAGGCGACGCUAGAGUGGCGGAAAGAGUUCAAACCUGACCUUAUCCCCCCAGAUGAGGUUAGGAUAGAGAGCGAGACCGGGAAAAUAAUUCUUAAUGGGUUCGAUUUAGACGGACGACCAAUAAUAUACAUGCGUCCCGGAAGAGAGAACACAGAGACAAGUCCCAGGCAACUUCGACAUCUAGUCUGGUGUUUGGAACGUGCGAAAGACCUAAUGCCCGAAGGACAAGAAUCCCUGGUCAUCAUCGUUGACUACAAAUCUACCACCCUUCGUACAAAUCCUCCAAUAUCCGUCGCACGCAAGGUAUUGCACAUCCUUCAACAGCACUACGUCGAAACACUCGGACGCGCGCUCGUCGUUAACCUCCCCAUGCUCCUCAACUUUUUCUACAAGGGCAUUUCUCCCUUCCUUGACCCCGUCACGCGCGACAAGAUGCGAUUCAACCCCGACCUUCUAGAGCUCAUCCCCGCAUCUCAUCUAGACGCCGAUUUCGGUGGCGAACACAAUUAUGAGUUCGAGCCGAAAAGCUAUUGGGACCAAAUCGUCACCGCAUGCGGGAUCGCCCCUGAUGGAACACGCGCAGCGGCGGACGAACCUACGUCACCCGAAUCAGAAUCAGCGGACGGCGAGAAGACGCGCGUUUCAAGUGUCAUGCUCGCUGACGGCGACACGGAAUCAGUGCACAAAAUCUCAGAUGACCUCGAAAAGAUGCGGGUAGAUACUACCACCAUUUCGGAUGCUCCAUUGGUAUCGUGAUUUGGUCGACCUUUUGUUUCUUGAGCUCCUUAUCUUGUUAUUUACUUUACCCGCCUCCG